AUGAGCAAUUUACAUGGAAUCAACAACCUGUUUUCCACAUCUCAUAUUCAUCACUUUAAGAGGUUAUUUUGGCUUGUAGUGCUAACGUCCAGCUGUUUUGGCGCGAGCAUUAUUUUGCAAUCUGCGCUCAAACUUUUUUCAACAGGCGUCGCUUCUUAUUCCGUCGAAACGAAUUACCUAGAUUGGAACACUCCCUUCCCAGCGGUAACAGUUUGCGAGCAGAGCGAUAAUGGACGAGUUAAGGCGUAUUUAACUCAGUAUAAAUUGUCAUCAAAUCUAGCUUCAUUCUUCAAGGAAGUCGCGUUCUGGAACGUCAAGUACUGUAGAACUUGUAACAUCUGUAAGAUCAAUGAGACAUGUGUUGAAAAUUUCGUGGACGCCAUUGAGAAGAUAAGGCAUCGGUGCUCUGAACUUUUGACGGAUUGCUGGUGGGGCGGGAGAUAUUUUAAAUGUUGUGACGAGUUACAUCCAAUUGAAACCGAGUAUGGGGUUUGCUAUGUAUUCAAUUCUGCUCUGCUCGGCAACUCUAGUAUCUUGACAGUUAACAGACGAGUCGGGCUCAUCGACUUCGCGUUCUCAGCUGUUGAAUUAGUUGGGGUGAGAAUCCACGCACCUGAUGACGUCGUGUCUGUCGCUUUGGAGAAUAUACUGAGUCGCAGCGCUUCUUUACCCCUCGUUACUGAAUUCGAGGCUAUUUUAAAGGUGGAACAAACGGUGAAUGACUUAUCUGUGUCAUCGUUAUCUGAAACGAUGAGAGGUUGCCUCUUUAAAGAUGACCUCCCACCAUAUCCAGAUUGGCCGUUCAAGCAGUACACGUAUAGUGGAUGUUUGCUGUUUUGCAGAGCAUUAGCACAAUAUAGCUUUUGUAACUGCACUCAUCAUUUCCUUGCUAAUAUGGAUGAAUUCCCGAAAUUUGAAUGCAAUUGUCCAAUGGCUUGCGAGGACACACAAUAUAAAGCUGUUCACAUAUUUUACAAUCGAGUGAGCGGCAAAUUAUCAUCGGAGCUGAUGAAGCGAGGGUCCAGAGCUAGAGUGCGAUUUGCUUCGCUGCCGACUCUGAGGGUUCGAAGACUUGCUAUUAAGGAUACUCUUGGACUUGUUGUGGACAUUGGAGGGGUCGGAGGAGUGUUUUUUGGCGCCUCUCUUCUGAGUGUCAUCGAGCUGAUUUAUCUCUUUUGCAUCAGAAGAAAUAGAAACUAG